AUGAAGACGAAUGGUUGUAAAAAUGGAGGUGCUCUGCUGCCUCUUCUAACAUUUCUCUGCUCAGUAAUCUCAGCCUUCGCCGGCAGCUGGAUGCCUGCCACCGCCACCUUCUACGGCGGAAGCGAUGCCUCCGGCACAAUGGGAGGAGCUUGCGGCUAUGGAGACCUGUACAAAGAUGGAUAUGGAAUUAAGAACUCAGCGCUGAGCACUGCGCUCUUCAACGAUGGAGCCUCUUGUGGAGAAUGCUUUCAGAUUGUGUGCGACGCCAAGAAGUCUCCUCAGUGGUGUAAACGAGGCACUUUUAUCACUGUAACAGCCACCAAUUUUUGCCCUCCGAAUACCAAUCUACCCAGCGAUAAUGGCGGAUGGUGCAAUCCUCCGAGACAGCACUUUGAUAUGUCUCAGCCUGCUUGGGAGACCAUCGCCAUCUAUAAAGCUGGGAUCGUCCCUGUUUUAUACAGAAGGGUUCGGUGCAGAAGGAGCGGAGGUGUGAGAUUCACCAUUAAUGGAAAGGAUUACUUCGAACUGGUUCUGAUAAGCAACGUGGGAGGGAGCGGUAGGGUUAGCAGCGUGUGGAUCAAAGGCUCCAAGACAGAUUGGAUGAUAAUGAGCAGAAACUGGGGUAUGAACUGGCAGAGCAAUUCUUAUCUUAAUGGCCAGAGCCUCUCCUUCAGAGUUCAGACUGAUGAUGGAAAACUCAAAACUUUCAGUAAUGUCGCCCCUUCAAACUGGAAUUUUGGCGACACUUUUGUUACCUCGAUUCAGUUUUAAGAUUCAG